UUAUCUCUGAUGCUUCUGGGAGUUUUGUUGCCUUAUAUUUGGUCUUGUGUAUGCAUCAUCAAACAGUUCUUACAUAAUAGUGAAGAAGUACCAAACAGAGACCUAAGUUGAGAAAAGUGUUUUUAGGGCUAGGCUGAUGGCUGAAUGCUGAAUUGCAAGAAAGGUGAACUUGCUUUGAGCAAAUCCAGUUCUGCUCUGGGUUGUUUUUUUUUUAGCACAGUCAUCUAAUUUCACAGCUGUGUUAUCAAACUGCUACGGAAAAAACAGUGUCAUGCUCACCUUUUUUCCUAAACAGCAUUUGAAUUAUUUCUUGCACAAAGAUUCCCCUUCAAGAAGAAAGUCAAGGUCUGUCUUGCAGAGCAGCCUGUGGCGUCAUUGUUAGAACACUCUGCUGUCCUUGUCUCAAGGCUAUCACGUUACUGUAUGCUGCUUCCACUGUCAGAGGAGCAGUUUAUGAAUGAAAAUAUGAAUGAAUGUAAUUGAAUCUUCAGUUUAUAAGUGUCAAACCACUGUUUUAUACUUAAAAACUGUUCAUUCUGUAAACAUCUGGAAAGGGCUACUACCAGAAGCAAUAAUUUGCCUUUUGGACCAGGCCAAUUACUGGUGUUAGCCUGUUUGGCAGUUGUGUUGUUAUGGUUCAGUAAAGAGAGCUUAAUUAUCAAUUUACUUUUUUCAGGUGAUGCUGUUUUUAAGACAGCUAUUGAUGUGUUCAUCUUUCCAUUGAAUAGACUUCCUUUCUCUACAUCACAAAUAGAUACAUUUUUUCUAAUUUGAAAAUACAUGCCUAAGCUGAGCAUACUGGAACUGUUUAGGAAGCCUAGUUCCUUCACUUCUCUUGAGAAACGUCAUGUUAGCUGUAAUUGAAGUAGCCUAUGACAUUACAAUUUACCCUCGAGAACAGAGAAAGCAUUGCUGCAGUUUCAUAGCAAAUAAAAGAAUAAAUACAGAGAACCCUUUUGAAAUUUGGGGUUGACAGUUCCUUUCAAUAUGUGUCUUUAAAAAGCUAGAGUAGAAAGAAAUUUUCAGCUAGAUGAAAAUGGAAUUAGUAUGUUUACACUCGUUCUGUCAAUAUUACAGGCAUCCUGAAUGGGCUGCUAACAGCUGUUUGGCUACCUGUUCUUCCUGUACACAAGUGUGUAUUCCUAGUAAAAGCCUCAGAGAAGGACUGAAAGUAUUUUUUUUUUAGCAGGGAAUUCUACAAAAUUUUUGAAAUUAGUGUUUUGAUUCUACUUUCAUUCAACAGAGAGUUUAGCAGAGUCCUAAUUUAAGAGUAUGUGGUACUGACUCUUGUAAAAGGCAUAUUCACAGAACAAAGAAGUGGAGGAGAUAACCUACCCACAGAUUUCAAGAGCAGCCUGAGCAUGUAUCAGAGAUACCACUAUGGCUGCUACAGUGAACUUGGAGCUUGAUCCCAUUUUUCUGAAAGCCCUGGGCUUCUUGCAUUCAAAGAGUAAGGACUCUGCAGAAAAGCUGAAAGCGCUUCUUGAUGAGUCUUUGGCCAGAGGAGCUGAGUCAAGCUAUCGUCCAUCUCAGAAGGAAGCAGAGCAACCAAAAGUAUCUGUUACCAAACCUAUUAAGCAAGAGCCUAAAGCUUCUUCUAGUUUGCCCUCCGGCAACAACAAUGGCAAGCCCACUGCGUCAGAAAAGGUGAAAAAAGAAACAGAAAAGAGAUCUGAUAAGACAAAAGGGGAUACUGCUGAAGCAGCUGAUGCACCAAAGAAGCCCAAAGUAGAGAAGCAAGAGGCUCGUUCCUCUCCUAUUACAGUUCAGACGAGCAAGGAUUUAUCCAUGCCUGAUUUAUCUAGCUUUGAGGAAACCAGUGCUGAUGACUUUGCUAUGGAAAUGGGAUUAGCCUGUGUUGUCUGCAGGCAAAUGACAGUUACUUUUGUGAAUCAGCUAGUGGAGUGUCAGGAGUGCCAUAAUCUCUACCACCAGGAUUGCCAUAAACCUCAGGUGACAGACAAGGAAGUGAAUGAUCCUCGACUUGUAUGGUAUUGUGCCCGCUGUACCAGGCAGAUGAAGAGAAUGGCUCAGAAGACACAAAAGCCACCUCAAAAACCAGCUCCUGCAGUGGUUUCAGUUGCACCAGCUUUGAAGGAUCCAUUGGUCAAGAAGCCAGAAAUUAAGUUAAAACCUGAGACCCCACCAGCUUUUCUAGCAUUCAAGAGAACAGAAGUCAAGACCUCAGCAGCAGUUUCGGGGAACUCUGCCAGUACAAGUGUUUCCUCUUCAGCAACGAGUGGCCUUACAGGAUGGGCUGCUUUUGCAGCCAAAACCUCCUCUGCCAAUCCUUCAACUGCCAAACUGGGGUCAACAGCACAGAGUGCCAGUGGGAAACCGGCAGCUUCUUCAAAUAACCAGAAACCUGUGGGUUUGUCAGGGUUGGCGACUUCAAAAACAGGACUAGGGUCGAAAAUAGCUUCUGCCAACAACAGCACAAACCCUGUUCAGCUGAAACCUCCUCCACCUCUGACACUGGGGAAAACCACCCUGAGCCGCUCGGUGAGCAGUGACAACGUCAGCAAAGUGGGUCUCCCGAGUCCCAGCAGUGCUGCUCCCAGCACCAGCAGCCAGGGGAGCAGCGGGAAUGGCAACAGCGGGAAUUCGGGGAACAGCGGGGGCAGCACGAGUAAAACCGCCGCGGAUACUGGUAAUCAGUCAGCCUCCCUGAAGGGCCCAACUUCUCAGGAAUCUCAGCUCAAUGCUAUGAAAAGGUUACAGAUGGUCAAGAAAAAGGCUGCUCAGAAGAAACUCAAGAAGUAG